CAGGGGCGCAGGGAGACGCGCGGGGGUCAUGGGGCGGGAGCGGUCCUGAGCGGCCGAGCCCCCGAGGGCCGCGGCGUCCCCGUGCCCCGCGGCCGGGAUCAGCGCGCCGGACGCCUCGCUCGCCCGCCCGCCCACCCUCGGGCGGAGGCCGGGCCGGGCGCGGGCAGGGCGUCUCAGGUGCGGCGGGCGGCGCGGCGAGGCGAGGGGGCGGCGGCGCCGGGGCGCGGCCCGGCCCGGUGAUUGGCCGCCGACCGAGGGCCCGGCGGGGCGGGCGAGAGAGCCGGCGGCGCCCGGGGCGCGAGGAGCCGGGAGGAUGCUGCUGUCCCUGGUGCUCCACAUGCACUCCAUGCGCUGCGUGCUGCCGGCCGCCGUGCUCCUGGGCACCGCGCCCACCUACGUGCUGGUCUGGGGCGCCUGGCGGCUGCUCUCGGCCUUCCUGCCUGCGCGCUUCUACCGGGCGGUGGACGACCGGCUCUACUGCGUCUACCAGAGCACGGUGCUCUUCUUCUUCGAGAACUACACCGGCGUGCAGAUAUUGCUAUAUGGAGAUUUGCCAAAAAAUAAAGAAAAUAUAAUAUAUUUAGCAAAUCAUCAAAGCACAGUCGACUGGAUCAUUGCUGAUAUCUUGGCCAUCAGGCAGGACGCUCUCGGACACGUGCGCUAUGUGCUCAAAGAUGGGCUCAAAUGGCUUCCAUUGUAUGGGUGUUAUUUUUCUCAGCAUGGAGGGAUCUAUGUAAAGAGAAGUGCCAAAUUCAAUGAAAAGGAAAUGAGGAAAAAGCUGCAGAGCUACAGCAACGCAAGAACUCCAAUGUAUCUUGUGAUUUUUCCAGAGGGCACAAGGUAUAAUCCAGAGCUAACUAAAGUCAUUUCAGCUAGUCAAGCAUUUGCUGCUCAAGAAGGCCUUCCAGUAUUAAGACAUGUGCUGACACCGAGAAUAAAGGCGACUCAUGUUGCUUUUGACUCCAUGAAGAAUUAUCUCGAUGCGAUUUAUGACGUCACGGUGGCUUUCGAAGGAACUGUGGAUGAUAGAGGGCAGCGGAAGGAAGCGCCGUCCAUGGUCGAAUUUCUCUGCAAAGAAUGUCCAAAAAUUCAUAUUCACAUCGAUCGUAUAGACAAAAAAGAUGUCCCAGAAGAACAAGUAUACAUGAAAAGAUGGCUUCAUGAACGUUUUGAAAUAAAAGAUAAAUUGCUUAUAGAAUUCUAUGAUUCAUUGGACCCAGAAAGAAGAAACAGAUUUCCUGGAGAAAGUGUUAAUUCUAAACUAAGUCUCAAGAAGACCUUACCAUCAUUCUUGAUCUUAAGUGGUUUGACUGCUGGUAUGCUUAUGACCGAGGCUGGAAGGAAACUGUAUGUAAAAACGUGGAUUUAUGGAACCUUAAUUGGCUGCUUGUGGGUUAGUAUUAAAGCGUAAACAAGCAACUGUCUCCAGGCAGUGGGAUGCGCUGCGCUGUUUACUGCUGGCCACUGCACAUUACAUCCGAUUGUUCCUGCGUAUAAUGAGAAGUGUAAAUAAAGUCUUGUUGAUUGAACAUUGGAUAAAAUAGAAUUUCUGACUAAAGCCGAUAUGCCGUUGGUCUUGGGCAGACAUACACAGUUUUACAACUUUAGUCCAGGAGCUGCUGGAAAGAGAAAAGAUAAGCAGAGUUUGUGUUAUACUUGGCGUUUCCUACGAACUGAUGUCAGCUUUAGAAGGCUGUUAGCGGUGUAUCAUCUGCUAUUGUGCUGUAAUUCUGGUAGCUGCAUUCAUGAACUUUACUUUGCAGUAUAUUUCAGUGUAUUUGUUAUUUUCAGUUUUUUACAACUUGACUGGUCCAGACUCUUAUCACUAAAGUAUUUAGUAUCUUGCAGCUGUGUAAUAUUUUGCCUUUUGUUUAAUUCCCCCAAGCUGAUGAAAGAAAUUGUGGUUAAGUAUCCAGAAGGACCCGAGGAGUGAUCGUGGGGAGGAGCUCUGCUUGGCGUGGGCUUUCAUUGUGCUGUGUUAUUAGCUGACUUCACUUUUUAUUUGCAAAGUAAUUAACAUCUCUAAUAUUUACUGAAACAGCUUCAUUUGCACACCCUGUACUCUCUACGAAAGAAUAAUGUGUAAAAUACAAGAAUUAAGUUCAAGUUAAAAUUGUGACCCUGAUUCAUUAUAGCAGAACUUUCAAUUGCUCAGCUUUUUGAAGAUUUAAGCUAAAUUCCUAGGACUUCAUGACAUUUGUGCCAUAAGUACUUGAAAACCAUAAGAUUUCCUGUUAUUUUUACAUCAAAAUAAUCAGUGUGAACCUUCGUUGGACCUGAGUCCACAGGUCUUGGAGGUGACGGGAGCUCUCAGACACCUGACUAGAUUUACUAGCAUGUGCCUUUUGCCUGUUACUCUUGGGUUUAGCAAAAUAUUUAAUCCCCAACUCAUUUUUUAUGUCAUCAUGGUCGGUUUCCACUGUAUUUGAUUCUUUCCCUUCGGGUCACCCGCAGAGGUGCUGUUCACGGCUGGCCCAAGGGCUCAUGGGAAGCACUGUGUCGCCAGCCAGCGUCUGUCCUGAUGCAGUUGGACCAUUUGAGCUCCCGUGAGCCGGCCCACCGUCCGCGGCAAAGGCAUUCUGUAUUCGUCUUAUGUCAAGAAAUCACCUUCCUCAAGACAGUGAAGUACAGACUUAACCCAUCAGGACGGAGUGAAUGUGUUCCGUUCCCGUUAGCACUGAUGGGGCACACGGUUCACAUCAGCUGAAAGGAGGCGUGUGUUUCAGGAACCAGAUCACACAAUUCUCAGUCAUGGAGCCAUAAACCCCUGGAUGAGGACCUUGUGUAAAGUGCGAUCUGCUCUAUUUUUAUGUUACAAUUCAGGCUGGAUUGCUGGCGAGUCCUUUAAGAUACCAAUUCCACUUCCAGGUAAUGGAUAUUUGUCACAAAAUUGUAUCAGUGCCCCAGAUGAGACACAGCAAUUAAAUCAUGAAAAACAAAAUGAAAACAAUAAUAAAGGGAAAUUCUAUCUGAUUUUCCAGAACCAGAGUAAGCCAUUUCAAGGAACCGUCCCGAAGAGUUGGUGGUAUGCAUUGGUUUGUGUAUAUUAGUGUGUGUGUACGCACACACAUGCCCACAGGAUACAGUUGGCCUCGUUAUGAAUGGGGGUGCAGGUAAAACUUUUGUUCUCAUGCCAAAUUGCAAUUUUCUCUUACCCUGUAAAGUGCAGUUUAGAUCAAUCCCUUGUCUUUGUUAAAUACUCUUUUUAACAGUCCUAAAGUUAGAAACUAUUUCUAAUUCGAUCACAAUAAGUGAAGUUGUGUAACUUACUUUGAAUGUCAUGGAUACGUUCUAAAUUUAAAUUUUAAGAAGCAGUACCAUUGGAAUUAUGUUGAUUAUAACUGAUUUGAAGAAGGCCAAGUGAACCGCAUAAGAUCACUUGAACAGCAUGUUAUUCUUAUAACUAUCCUUAUAUUCUUCUUACAAAAGGUCUAUAAAAUAUUAGUUUAAAAUUUUUUUGUAUCAAAAUAUUUGGAAAAUUAGAAGCUUCUUUUUAACACGUAUUGAUAUGACUUGAAUUAUUAUUUUAUGGAAUUAAGAGCCCCUAUGAAUCUUUUCCCAUAAUAUCAUUUAAGCUUUUGUUUGUGUUACUGUUGAUUUACAGCUUAGUUGUUACUUGGUUUAUCUUUAAAAGAAUGCAGUCAAUGUGCAUGCUUUUCUGUUUUUCACAAAAGGGUGUGUUUGGAUGAAAGUCAAAGAAAAAAUAAAACCUUUCAUUGUCUCUGUAA